AUGGGCAAGGACUGCGGCAACCACGCGGACGACGACUUCCGCCAGUCCUGCCGCCGCCUGCUCCUGAUCCUCCUCACCCUCGCCCUCCUCGCCGGCGUGAUCGCGCUCAUCAUCUACCUCGUCCUGCGCCCCACCCACCCGCGCUUCUACCUGCAGGACGCCUCGCUCCGGCAGCUCGACCUGACCAACGGGUCCGCCCCGCUCCUCUCCACGACGGCGCAGGUGACGCUCGCCUCCCGCAACCCCAACGCGCGCGUCGGCGUCUACUACGACCGCCUCGACGUGUCCGCGUCCUACAAGUACCAGCAGGUCACGCUCAACUCCAGGCUGCAGCCGGCGCCGCUCUACCAGGGCCACGGCGACGUCGACGUCUGGUCGCCGGUCCUGGCGGGGCCCGGCGUCCCCUUCGCGCCGUUCCUCGCGGAUGCGCUGAGGAAGGACAUCGCCGCCGGGUACCUUGUGUUGCAGGUCAGGAUCGAUGGACGGGUCAGGUGGAAGGUCGGGAGCUGGGUGUCGGGGCACUACCACAUCUUUGUUACCUGCCCGGCGUACUUCAUCAGCGCCGGCGCCGGCAGCGGGUACGGCGGCGCGGUGGGCGCCCACGGGCUCAGGUUCCAGACCGCCACGUACUGCCGCGUCGAGGUCUAG